CGUCAGCAUUCAUCAAACUACAGGAAAACGCCAUCGAACGGCUUCCCAGACGAAGCAGCGCCAAUCUCACGGUCGACACUUUGGAUGGAACUAAGCUUUUCUGUGUUUCAGUUAUCGAUCGACAGACACGUGGCAACGACCGACAGACACGUGGCAACGACCGGGUGACACGUGGUGACAGCGGACUGCUGACACGUGGGAAGACCUGGUCUGCGAGGCAUUUCGCCAUUCGACGAAUUUUCGACGAACUAUCAACGACCUGGAGGAGUAAUCAAGUAAUGCGCUUCGUUACCGCCACUGCAGUCCAAUCAGCUUCCUUCUGUGGCAUCUCGUUCCCGCGCUUUCAAGACUCGUGUAACUCUGCUGCGACACGUGCCAUGUGCAGACGACAACGUGGCAUUCUUUGUCAUCUUCGCUUUGGCGCAUGUCGUUCCCGCGCUUUUUGAGGAGUCGUUCCCGCGCUUUUUGAGGAGUCGUUCCCGCACUUUUUAAGGAGUCGUUCCCGCGCUUUUUAAGGAGUCGUAACUUUAGAGACGACACGUGGCAUCUAGCGGAAGAGAAACGACGUCUAAGUCGGGUUCUGCAAGGCCACGUGGCAUUGUCGCGGUGCUGACGUGUGGUAUCGUGGCGGCUGCCUGCUGAGUCUGUGAAAGACAGACAGCCACGUGGCGAAAAGGUGCUGCUGACACGUGGCCGUCGGUAAAUCAAGGAUCAACGAAGGAAGGAUCGUUGGAGGAUCGUUGGUCACUCUCAGCGGAGACUCGAGAGAAGUUUCACUAGCUUUCCCUUUGUGUGAGAGUUCGACGACCUCAAGAGCGUGUUUGACUUUGCCACGUGGCGGCCUCUCGGUGAUCAUUGGUUGGUCGUGAGUGACCAGUGACGAGCUCUCUCUACACUUGUCGAGGCCUUCCUCCAGCUACUGCUCUUCUUUAUCAUCACAUUGAUUAAUAGUUUUGAUUUAGUAGCUCAAAUAAUAAAAAUAAAAAAAAAUCAAUACAUAUACAUACAGCAUUACAGCACAGAGAGCAGUAGGUACAGGAGAGAAACGGUCAUAGGAUGGCAGCGAUAGGCGCCGCGGCGUCGAGUUGCAGCAUGGCGGCUGUGGGUAGGUUGUCAUCUUCAACAAUCGACCUGUGUCCUGCUCCUUCACGUCGUCUCUUGCAUCGGCCGCCAACCUGUUGUUCACCUAGUUUAAAAUUUCCCGCCCAAAAUUUGCGGACGCCUUCUCGUAUAUAUUCCCUCUCUACCCCGACUGUGCUGACAAGUGGAGGCUCGUGCGCGACUACCGGUAAGGCACCUUCGGCGGCGGCGACCACCUCUUCCUCGGUCGCGGACCUGCAAAAUCGGGUCAGCUGCUCGUCGACGCGUGGCAGACCGGGAUGGCUAGCCUGCGAAAGGUUGACGUCAACGACAACGAGUAUCCCGAGCGCCAGAGCGGGGGGGAAGAAGAGUGCGGCGGCGCUGAGUACGGCGGUCAGGGGGAUGACGGAGGGUAGCGGCCUCCAUCGCAGCAGCAGAGGGAGGAGGGGUCAGAGGUCAGCAGCAGCAGUAGCAGCAGCAGCCGCAGCAGACAGGCGUGUGUUAUUAGUGAGACGAGGCUCGGUGUUGUGGGGAGAGGAGGUGGUGGGUGAAGGGGGGGGGGAGGAGGAGGGGCUCAGGAGGAGGAGAGCGAGUGGUCUCUCUCGCGCCGUCGGCGAUGGGUUGCGCCCCUCGAGACCUCUUCUUCCUGCCAUCUCUUGUAGUGCCUCUGAUGGCCAUGACACCUCCGCAUCAGGCGAUGCGCACCUAUCUUCUUCGUCAUUAUCAGAAGCCGCCGCCGGAAGAGGACGAGGGGCAUCAACAGCACCACCUAAGAACGGCGGUGAUGGCGACGGCGGGAAUGCCGUCUAUCCUGCGGUCGCCGUCGCUUGUCUCGGCGCGUUCUUGUUCGGCUAUCAUCUAGGGGUUGUGAAUGGCUCUUUGGAAUACAUUGCCAAAGAUCUUGGGAUCCUCAAGGACACGGCCGCGCAGGGGUGGAUAGUGAGCUCCUCCUUGGCGGGAGCUGCCAUUGGCGCGCUUUCCGGUGGGUCGUUGGCCGAUUGGUUGGGUCGUACGCGCGCGUUCCAGGUGGACGUUCUCCCGCUCGUCGUUGGCACUCUGAUGAGUGCCAACUCCAACGUGGUCCAGAGCAUGAUCCUCGGUCGGUUCAUUGUCGGGAUCGGGAUCGGGUUGACCUCGGCGGUCGUUCCGCUGUACAUAUCGGAAGUCGCCCCGACCGAUAUUCGCGGGAAACUCGGGACCGUCAAUCAACUGUGCAUCUGCAUUGGCAUCCUGGGCGCUCUUGUGGCGGGACUGCCGCUCGCUGGCAAUCCGGUUUGGUGGAGGACGAUGUUUUCCCUGGCGGCUGUUCCCGCCGUCUUGCUUGGGAUCGGGAUGCAGUUUUGCCCGGAGAGCCCGCGAUGGCUUUAUCAGCAGGGGAAGAUGAAGCAGACGGAGGAGGCCGUGGGUCGGUUAUGGGGUCGAUCUCGCGCCGAUCUGGCUAUGGCAGAGCUAAGGGAGAGUGGCGGCGGCGGCACCUCCUCCUCCUCCUCCUCCUCGUCGGGAUCGGGAGAGGAAGAGUCGCGUUGGCUCGAGCUCUUCGGUAAACGGUACUGGAGAGUCAUGCUCAUCGGGAUCGCGAUGUUCUUCUUCCAGCAGUUCGCGGGAAUCAAUGCCGUCGUGUAUUACUCUUCCGCGGUGUUCCGUAAGGUCGGGAUCGUGUCGGACGUCGCCGCCAGUGCUCUCGUUGGCGCCACGAACGUCGUCGGGACCGCGAUUGCCUCCUUCCUCAUGGACAAGCAAGGUCGCAAGAAGCUGCUGAUUGGUAGUUUCGCCGGGAUGGCUCUCUCGAUGUUGGUGCUCGCCGUUUCCCUGUCUUGGAAAGGCUUGGCGCGCUUUUCGGGGAUUCUUGCCGUUGUGGGGACGAUGGCCUACGUGCUGGCGUUCUCGCUGGGAGUGGGACCCGUUCCCGCGCUUUUGCUCCCAGAGAUCUUCCCCAACAGGAUUCGCGCCAAAGCUGUUGCUCUCUCGCUGGUCACUCAUUGGGUCUGCAACUUCGUUGUCGGCCUCACGUUCCUUGGAAUAGUCAAUAGUAUUGGUGUCAGCUCUGUCUAUUUAGGUUUCGCCGGCGUUUGCCUAUUGGCUAUUCUCUUUGUGGACAGAUUCGUGGUGGAGACUAAGGGUCGUUCUCUGGAGGAGAUAGAGAGAAUGCUCGCAGUUUCGGCGCCCUGAAGACUGAGAGACCUUGGUGCCAUUCCUAGGGGUCGGGAUCCCGGCCGCAGACAAGGGGGGGGUCGUUCUCUAGAGGUUGGAACCGCGGUUUGUGUGAAAAGAACAUCUGCAUGUAGAGUAAUGUGUAGUGGCGCCAGGCCCGAAGGAGCGUUCUCUAGAGGAGGAGGAGGGGGAGGAGGGCGAGGAGAUAGAGAGAAGGCUGGGUGUUUUGGCACCAUGCAGACCGGGACCUCUCUUAACCGUACCUAAGACAAUGCUUCGCGAUAUCGGCGGCGUGAGGACCGACCCUGUUACCAUGCCCAAGGAUCGGGAUCGGGAUCGGGAUCGUCGUAAAAGUCGAGGUGGGAACCUCGUUUGUGUGAAAGAAGGGCAAUAGUAGACGAAGUGUCGUUGUCUAGAGGAGGAGAGAGAGAGAGAGAGAGAGAGAAUGGGUGAGGUUUUUGAAGCCUGAAGGAAGACUCAUCCUCUCACCAUACCUAUGGAUAGGGAAUGUUCCAGGGAAUGUUCAAGGGCCCAGGGAAUGUUCCAGGGAAUGUUCCAGGGAAUCUUCCAGGGAAGGUACUAGGAAUAAUCGAGGUUUGAACCUGGGUGUGUGACGGAAGUGUCCAUAGUGCACACACCACUACUAAAGAGGGUUCUCUCGAAAACUCGGCCUUGAUUGUUCUAGAUGUUGCUGCCACCAAUUAGUCUGCCAAUCCAACUGGGAUUCCACUGAUUGUAUCAACCAAUUGUAAGUAAUAAUAACGUUUCUUCUUCCUCAUUGUCGUCUGCCCCUUGACGCUUGCAAUACAAUGGGGUAGGCCACGUGUCAAAUUGCCGCUCAGGAAUUCGGACUAAAGAUCGUCGAGCAAUCAGGAAGCAAAUGCUCAGCAUCCGACCUUAAGCUUGAACCGAGUGCAGGGGCGUGAUUGAGACGUGAUGGGCAGGGUCGUGAUUGAGACGUGAUGGGCAUCUGCAUUGCACAUAGUGGGCGCCAGAGGUUUGAUGGCGGAACGAAAGUCAACGGUCAACGCAAUAACGGGCAAAUGCGCUUAAGGCUGAGUGUCGCGCGGCGCUGUGCGGCAGUCAACCUCUCGAAGGUCAAUGCUGUGGAGCGCUCUCUGAUUAUAUAGCGCUCUGCUGACCGUCUAAGAGAGGCAGUGGCAGAGCGCGCACAAGAGAGAGAGAGAGAGUUGGUUGGCGUGGGGGGAAGAAAGAUUGGUAUUGUGUGCGUCUGAAGAAUCAAAACCAAGAAGAGUCCUGAAUCCCGGAGGGGGUUGGUGGGCAGUGUGCUUUAGGGCGUGGAACGGGGCGCAGCGAGGUCGGGGCAGGGGGCGAGGGAAGAGGAAAAGUGCGAGAGGGGGAGAUAGGUGAGCGAGGGGAAUUUGCGGAAGAAGAGGCAAAGACGUCGCGCCGUUGACUGGUCACUUGUCGUCUUCGCUGGUCGGCAUAGCCAUCGUCUUGCCAUGGCUCUUUACUGCCGUCGCCUUCGCUCUUCGCCAUAGCCAUCGUCUUCCCCCGCCGACCAGCGAAGACGAUGGCCAUGGCCGUAAUGACUUGUCUCCUUAGCGAUGGCCGUCGUCGUCGUCGUUGUCCUGUCAUGGCAUGCACGUGUCAUUGACGUGGGCUUAUGCUUUAUCAGCCUCAGUAGAUUAAUCGGGUAUGUAUAGCGAAGGCCAGAGAUAUCGUAAAAACGGGCGGGGGGGGCUUAGAUAACGAAUUACUAGUGCGCAGGAUAGCCGAUAGCCAUAGUCAAUCCAAUGGCUGGUCAAUUAGCCAGUCGACUAUAGCCGAUAGACAAUCGACUUUACCCGAUAGUCGAUUGGUAAUCGGCUAUAGGCCGUAGUGAAUUAUUUGGCUGAUCAAUUAGCCAGUCGGCUAUAGAUGGGCAAGGGCAAGAGACGAGGGCGAUCAGCCAUCCUAGCAGACAAUGUGUACUCAAUUAGGAAAGUCAGGCUGAAUUAGGAAGGCAGGCUCAGAUAUGUCGAUGGUCGUAUGUUUGAAAAUACAUGAAUAAAUAGGGAUGCUACCGUUCGAUUGCAUGCGCGUGGAGACAGCUACAUGCAUGCCUCUUAGUGCAUUUGCGGAGGGCUGGAGAGAGAGAGAGAGAGAGAGAGAGAGAGAGAGAGAGAGAGAGAGAGAGAGAGAGAGAGCCGGUGUACCCUCAUAGAAUUACUAAAGUAUUUGCACAUGAUGAUUUGCGAAAAGCGAGAGAGAGAGAGAGAGAGAGAGAGAGAGAGAGAGAGAGAGAGAGAGAGAGAGAGAGAGAAAGAGAGAGAGAGAGAGAGAGAGAGACACUGUAUACGUAGAAUUACGAAAGUAUUUGUACAUGAUGACUUGCGAAGGGGCAGAGAGAGAGAGAGAGAGAGAGAGAGAGAGAGAGAGAGAGAGAGAGAGAGGUCACACUGUUUCUACUGGGAAACGAAGAAAGGAACUAUAUUUCGGACGUGUUUCUACUGUCCCUACUGCGUAGCUGCUUUCUACGCUUGCAGUUUCACG